AUGUCCGGCCCAGGGGUGCGGUUGCACAUUCAAGAUCACCAUGUGGUGAUGGAUAAUGGCAUAGCCCAGGUUACGUUAUCAAAUCCAGGUGGGAUUGUCACUGGGAUACGAUAUAAUGGUGUUGACAAUUUGCUCGAAGUUCUCAACAAGGAGACUAAUAGAGGGUACUGGGACCUUGUUUGGAGUGCACCAGGAAGCAAGGGGAUUUUUGAUGUGUUUCAAUACAUGGCUAUGGCAGACAAUAGACGAAGGAUUCUUCCUUAUCCGGAAGAUCGGUUACCUGGAAGAUGUCAAACCUUGGGCUAUGCAGAAGCUGUCCUACUAAACAAUCCGAAAGACCCACGAUUACAAGGAGAGGUAUCUGUUGCAAAUGUGGAUGACAAGUAUCAGUAUUCAUGUGCAAACAUCGAUAAUCAGGUCCAUGGGUGGAUAUCUUUCAGUCCACCAGUAGGAUUCUGGCAGAUCACACCUAGUGAUGAGUUUCGUUCUGGUGGACCGCUCAAACAGAAUUUGACAUCACACGUAGGCCCCACCACACUUGCAAUGUUUCUUAGUAGUCACUAUGCGGGACAAGAUUUGGUGCCUAAAAUUAGAGGUGGUGAAUCAUGGAAGAAGGUUUUUGGUCCUGUUUAUAUUUAUCUCAAUUCUGCAGCAGUCGGUGACGAUCCACUUUGGCUGUGGGAGGAUGCAAAAAUACAGACGAUGAAUGAAGUUCAAAGUUGGCCAUAUUAUUUCCCAGCAUCGGAGGAUUUUCUAAAAUCAGAUCAACGGGGCAAUGUCAGUGGCAGAUUACUUGUCUUAGACAAGUACGUCUGCACAGACUUAAUAUCAGCAAAUGGUGCUUAUGUUGGCCUGGCCCCACCUGGAGAUGCAGGGUCAUGGCAAAGAGAAUGCAAGGACUAUCAAUUCUGGACCAGAGCAGAUGAGAAUGGAUUUUUUACUAUUAGAAAUGUACGUCCAGGCGACUAUAACCUUUUUGCUUGGGUGCCUGGCUUUGUUGGGGACUACAAAUUUGUAGAUUUAAUGAAGAUAACACCAGGUUGUUACAAUGAAUUGGGUGAACUUGUAUAUGAGCCUCCAAGGGAUGGUCCCACAUUGUGGGAAAUAGGUAUUCCUGAUAGAUCCGCCGCAGAAUUUUAUGCUCCAGAUCCCAAUCCAAAAUAUAUUAAUAGGCUUUUUAUCAACCACCCAGACAGGUUCAGGCAGUAUGGAUUGUGGGAGAGGUAUACCGAAUUGUAUCCUGAUGCAGAUUUGGUUUACACGAUUGGUGUUAGUGACUAUUCGAAAGAUUGGUUUUAUACGCAGGCUCCGAGGAAAAAAGAGGAUAACACUCUCCAAGGGACAACUUGGCAAAUCAAGUUCGAAGUCAGAAGCGUGGUUCAUGGAAGUAAAUACAAACUGAGAGUUGCAAUUGCAUCUGCAACAUUAGCUGAAUUGCAGAUUCGAGUAAAUAAUCCCGAUGCUCGACGACCCCUAUUUACCAGUGGAUUAAUCGGAAGGGACAACUCAAUAGCAAGACACGGAAUUCACGGAAUCUAUUGGCUUUACCAUGUGGAUAUACCAGGUUCUCUCCUUAUUGAUGGCACAAAUACCAUAUAUUUUACGCAACCAAGAUGCACCAGUCCCUUCCAAGGUAUCAUGUAUGAUUAUAUUCGUAUGGAAGGUCCACCUUGUGAGGGAGUUUAA